UAUUCUAUUAGAUGUUGGCCAAACCAAAAAAGACAAAAAAAAAAAAAAAAUCGGAAACCAAGACUUUGUUUCUUACAAGGGCUGGAAACACCUAGAACAUCUCAAAAUCAAAAACUCUGAAGAGCUAAAAAAAAAAGGAGAUCUCAGGUAAUUCUGAAGAAAGAGGAUGUUCUUUUUCUUCGCUGGUGGAUUAGGGCAACAGGUGAGGCAGGUGCUCAAAUCCGGCGCCGGAAAGUGCAUAAGAUGUGGCUCUGAGGCCGAUUUGGUGGAUUACGACAAAGUCUUGAAGCUGUUCUUUGUUCCUGUCUGGAGAUGGCCCGGGAAAGAUCAAGUACUCCAUUGUAGAGACUGCGAUCUGUUUUUCCCUCCGCCGAUAUCUCUAGCUACGUGCCGUUUCUGCGAUCGAGUCGUGGAGCCUGAGUUCCGUUUCUGCCCCUUUUGUGGCUCUUCUCUGUGAAUUUUGGUCUGUCUAGAAAGUUGUUCUUUUAAGUCUACAAAGUUGAUUUCAUCUCCCUCUAAAAGUUGUCUGUAUUUUACUGAAACUUUGAGUUGUGGUCUUUCUUGCAAAAUCUUUAAGACUUCCUGUGUGUGUUGCUUGCUCAUUGACUUUUUAUAGUCGCAUGUUUUUCUAGUCGAUCGAAUGAAAAAGAUGAGAAGUCCAUUACUUUGUUUAUUA